CCCUUAACAUUACAGCUGUUCGGACUCGGUAAUUUUAUAUACCUCGUCACUGACGAACUCGCCUGGAUCGAUCCACUUCCAUCUGUUCGACGCCAACGCUCUGAAUCCUAACAUUUGUUCAGCACCAUUUUCAUACUAAUGGCCAACAGAGUUCAAAUUCCUUCGAGAAAUUCCGCACUCAUUGCAAUGAUUGCAGAUGAGGACACUGUUGUUGGAUUUUUGCUGGCUGGGGUGGGCAAUGUCGACUUGCGUAGGAAGACAAACUACCUUAUUGUGGACUCAAAAACCACCGUCAAGCAAAUAGAAGAUGCAUUCAAAGAGUUCACAACAAGGGAGGAUAUUGCAGUUGUGCUGAUUAGCCAAUAUGUUGCAAACAUGAUAAGGUUUUUAGUUGAUAGCUACAACAAGCCUGUUCCGGCGAUAUUGGAGAUUCCUUCUAAAGACCAUCCUUAUGAUCCCGCGCAUGAUUCAGUUCUUUCUCGUGUGAAGUAUUUAUUCUCUGCUGAAUCUGUGGCGUCUGGGAGACGUUAGGCAUCUACCUCCUGUUAGAAACAUUUUGUUUGGAAUGAUUGUUUCAAACUCAGUAAUUUUAUGCAUGUUCCUGUUUGCUGUACAUUUAGGACUUCACUCCAUAGCCUCGUGAGUAAAUUCCAGCCUUGUGUUGAUUACUUGAUCUCUUAAUAAGCAAAAUGGCUGGAUGAUCAGUUCAUUUUCUUUUCUUUUCCUUUUUAAGGUAAUAGAUCGAUUCAUUUUCUUUUCUUCUCAAGUCAGUGUACUGCCUUACCAGGAGCUGUGCUAGGAGAAGUAUUUGUUUGAGCUUGAUGUUAUCCUUUGCAAUAAACGCACUUGUGCGAUUGAAAAAAGAGUUAGAAGGUCAAGAUGGAAUCUACUCUCUCACACAUCUACUGCACAAAGUACUGCACGCAUUAGAUGAUUCAUUUCGGUUUCUGGGUCAA